AUGGCGCCAAUUGUAUUCGAAAAUAUGGUGGAGGUUGAAAUUGAGGAGUGGCGGAUGACCUGUGAGAUUUGUAUGAAAACUCCUGGAGUUUUCAACUAUCUUGAUUUCUGUGACGUAUGUGGUGUGCCUGUGCACACAGAAGAAAAUUCUUGCGCUGUACCUGUGACACCUGAUGACAGCGACAUAUGGCUUUGCCUGAAGUGCAAAAGAGCAGGUGAAGUCUUUGUGGUACCCACGGUUGAUGAAAGGGCCAACAUUACAGUUCGCAGUAGUAAAAGAGGUUCAGAUCACAGCAAUGAUGUUGCUCUAGAAGAAGUUUUAAAAGAGCUUCAUCAAAAUACUGGAAGACCUGUCAGGCAAAUCAAUAUGCCAAAGCGUCUCCGUACAUCCUAUGAGUUCAAUUGAAUUUUUUAUGCUAUAUUUGUCAGACAGAUUUGUUUUCUUUUAUUGCAUUUUUUGCUGUUAUGCAGUACAAACAUAGUCUCUCACAGAUGCACUCU